UUUAUAAAAGACGAUACUCAAAUUUUCUAACCUAAUCGAAACAAUAAAACGCAUUUCGUAAUAUUUAUACAGAGAAGCUACGGUAAUUCAUUCAGGUAUGUUAAUGAACUUUCGACAGAUGAUUCUAAGGUAAAAAUUAGGAAAUAGUUGUUUAGGCAUUCAUGCUAAUGAAUGUUUCUAAUAUAUUAUUAAAUUUUAGAAAAAUUUCGUUAUUUAGAAAUUGUAGGUUCGAAACUGGAAUGAAAUCAAUCCGUUUUCUUAUUUUUUUAUUUUAUCAAUGUAAGCGAAUAUAAUCAACUAAUUUAUUCUUUUUAUAUAUUAUAUAUUAUAUAUUAUAUAUUAGAGUUCGUUUUCACAUUCUCUAUAAGAUAGAAUAUAAAAUAGAAUUGAAUUAAUAUCUACAUAGAGUUAAUCCGAACUCUCGUUCGUUAUCUGUUUACAUCAACAAAAACAAACUUUUUCACUGACUUUGAUCGUAAUCGAGUUAGUUCUCUUUAGCAUUUCGACGAGUGAACAUCGAUGGACACUCUUUCCAAACUGGUAAGCUUGAAUACAUCAUAUUUCCGAUUAUUUCAGAAUUAUUUAAACAAUCUUAAUAUUCACGAAAUGUAAUUAAAUAAUAUUUAAACAAUAGCACGUUUGUUUAAACGUUCCAUAGGUCGAAAUACGCGUUAAAUAUAAAAUACAAUUAAAUUAAUAUCUACAUAGAGUUAAUUCGGACGCUCGCUCGUUAUCCGUUUACAUCAACAAAAACAAACUUUUUCACUGACUUUGAUCGUAAUCGAGUUAGUUGUCUUUAGCAUUUCGACGAGUGAACAUCGAUGGACACUCUUUCCAAACUGGUAAGCUUGAAUACAUCAUAUUUCCGAUUAUUUCAGAAUUAUUUAAACAAUCUUAAUAUUCACGAAAUGUAAUUAAAUAAUAUUUAAACAAUAGCACGUUUGUUUAAACGUUCCAUAGGUCGAAAUACGCGUUAAAUAUAAAAUACAAUUAAAUUAAUAUCUACAUAGAGUUAAUUCGGACGCUCGCUCGUUAUCCGUUUACAUCAACAAAAACAAACUUUUUCACUGACUUUGAUCGUAAUCGAGUUAGUUGUCUUUAGCAUUUCGACGAGUGAACAGCGAUGGGCUCUCUUUCCAAACUGGUAAGCUUGAAUACAUCAUAUUUCCGAUUAUUUCAGAAUUAUUUAAACAAUCUUAAUAUUCACGAAAUGUAAUUAAAUAAUAUUUAAACAAUAGCACGUUUGUUUAAACGUUCCAUAGGUCGAAAUACGCGUUAAAUAUAAAAUACAAUUAAAUUAAUAUCUACAUAGAGUUAAUUCGGACGCUCGCUCGUUAUCCGUUUACAUCAACAAAAACAAACUUUUUCACUGACUUUGAUCGUAAUCGAGUUAGUUGUCUUUAGCAUUUCGACGAGUGAACAGCGAUGGGCUCUCUUUCCAAACUGGUAAGCUUGAAUACAUCAUAUUUUCGAUUAUUUCAGAAUUAUUUAAACAAUCCUAAUAUUCACGAAAUGUAAUUAAAUAAUAUUUAAACAAUAGCACGUUUGUUUAAACGUUCCAUAGGUCGAAAUAUGCGUUGAAUAUAAAAUAGAAUUAAAAAAUAUUAUAAUAUAUACAUAGAGUUAAUUCGGACGCUCGCUCGUUAUCUGUUUAUUACAUCAACAAAAACAAACUUUUUCACUGUUAAUUCUCUUUAGCAUUUCGACGAGAAACGCACUGAAAAAUUCUAAUUUCUUUACUAUUUUAAUAUUCUACGUAUUCCAUCGCAAGUAAUAUCAAAAUAAUGGCUACUUUAAUAUGUUUUAGCUAUUUGUAUAAGUUUAAGUAGAAACAAAAAAGUAUAAAGUUCGUAGAAUUAACAAACAUUUUUCGAUCGAUUUAUUUUCAUCUUAACAUAUGGUCUUUUCUUGCUUCGAUCAAAUAUACUUCUACAUUUUUAUAUAUGUUUACAAUAUAAAAUGUACAUUAACCCGAUUGUUAGACAACGUUCGAGAGAUUUAUAGUUUAAGAAGCGUACACACCGAUGAUAUCACACAGGCGCAUAAUGGGAAGUGUUUUUCUAUUAUCUUUGUAGUUCGUAUUUUGUCCAUAACUGUCGCUGAAGUCGAUUACACUACGAAGAAAAAGGUGAUAAGCAGCAUUAAGAAGAAAUUCAUAAUCUCGAUAUUUCUAUUAUAGAAUUUAAUUGAAUGUGCUCCUUUUAGAAAUUUCGUGAAGAAAAAUAAAAAGCUUUUGGAAUUUAUUACUAAAUCGUAUUAUAGGAAAAAGUGAACCAAUAGAAAUUUGCUUUUUGUUGCGAACAUGGAAACUAAACAAAAUGCAAUGGUUUAUUAAAUAUAUUUUAUAGUUGGUUAAAUUGGUUUAUUAUAAACACCGGUACUAUAUUCUAAUUUUGGAAUUAUUGUGGAUCCGACUAAUGUUAAUAACAGAUUUAUCAAAUAUUGACCUAAUAUAUAUUAUGCAUGUAUGAUCAAAAUAUAUGUAAUCUUCAUAGAAACUUGUUAAACGCGUAUUAAUCAAAAACAAUCAUUUGUUAUGUCAACCUCAACGAGUAAUAUGGAAAAAUCACAUUUAUCUGAUGAACAUGUAUUUGUUGUUCCAAGUAGAGCUAUUAAAGUUCCAAUUGAUAUGUCUGUUUGGGAAAAAUCAGAAGCAUAUUUUGAAUAUCUAGGAUUUAUAUUAGCACUAAAUAAAUCUAUAGAAGGGAAACCAUUAGAUUCCAAAUGUGAACAAUCUCCUACAGUAGAAAAUAUUUUGAAAAUGCUUAAUAAUUUAGAUGAAUGGAUAACGCAAAUACCACCAACCGAACAACCUCAACGAUUUGGAAAUAAAUCAUUUCGAACUUGGCAUGCAAAAUUGCAAGAGAAAGGUAUAGAAGAAUUACAGGAAGCAUUACCAGAAGAAUUAUAUAGAGCUAUACCCGAAAUAAUUCAGUAUUUAUAUGAAAGUUUUGGAAACGCAACACGUAUAGAUUACGGAACAGGACAUGAAAUGGCAUUUCUAAUGUUUUUAUGUUGUUUGUUUAAAAUUAGAGCUUUUACAGAAAAUGACAAAGUUGCUGUUGCUAUAAAAGUAUUCAACAGAUAUUUACUGUUAGUACGUAGACUCCAAAUUACAUAUCGUAUGGAGCCUGCAGGUAGUCAUGGUGUUUGGAGUUUGGAUGAUUAUCAAUUUGUACCUUUCAUAUGGGGAAGUUCUCAAUUGAUUGGCCAUCCACGUAUCGAACCUCGUCACUUUAUAGAUCAAGAUGUUAUUGAAUUGCAUGCAAAACAGUACAUGUUUCUUGGAUGCAUAGAGUUUAUUUCAAAGGUUAAGAUAGGACCAUUCGCAGAACAUUCAAAUCAAUUGUGGAAUGUGAGUGCAGUUGAUUCGUGGGCAAAAGUAAAUAACGGACUUAUUAGGAUGUAUAAAGUGGAGGUACUAUCAAAGUUUCCUGUAAUUCAACAUGUUUUAUUUGGAUCAUUAUUACCAAUAAAACCAGCUGUUACUUGCCCCACUGUCAGAGGUGUUUGCUUGAAUUUACCGGUACAACCACCAUCGCAAAUACAUUAAUAACAGCUUAAUACAUUUUAUGAAUUAGUACAUUUGCUCCUUCAUUUAUAUAUUAUCUAUAAAAGUAAUAUAAACUGACCUUGUAUCAUACGAUGGUAUUUAGGCCUAGGCUUUCUUGAAGAUUUAUAGCCAGAAAUAUCAUUUGGCAAUAAAUUUUUGAAUUUUUAAAUGAAGGCAACAGAAUUUUAACUUUUAAGUGAAAUAUUUAAAUAAAUAUGUCUUACUGUUACAUAAAUAAUUAAUAGACAAUUAUUCUUAUAUAUUAUUGUAUAUGAACUUAAUAACUUUAUGAAUAAAAUAGUUUUACUGUAAUAUGAA